CUUGAACCAACUACUCUCUUCUCUUCUAUCCUAUCAUUCUCUUUUUGUAUAUAUCCACGGCCACAAUGGCCCUCAACCCCUCCUCCAAACGCAAACCCGGCAACAACAGCAACACGAUCACCGGCGCCGCCCGCAAGCGCGCCAAAACGUUCGAUGCCCGCUCCCUCGCCGUACAAGCCGCCGAUGCGGCGCUCUCCGCGUCCGGCGAACUCGACGUCGCGGCGUAUGUCGCGGCGCGCGAAUUCGAGAUCCGGUCCCUGGAGUCGGGCAUGCAGCGGUCGAAGUUGGCGUUGACGAGUCGCGCGUUCCAGAAGGUGCCGAGGUCGUUGAGGCGCAGGACCGCCAGUCAUAAUGUUAAGAGGGUGCCGAGACGGUUGAGGGGGAGGGCGAGGAGGGAGAUGCUCGAAGACAACACCCCCACGGUAACAGCGCGCACCCGCAAACCCACCGAACGCAUGCGCAUCCGCCUCGAAACCGCCCGCCGACUACAAAACCUCAACUCGAAAUCCAAAGCCAAGCGCGCCGCCGCAAAAGCCGCGCAGGACAAACAAUCCCGCCAGACGCUCGAAGCCUCCGGCAGCCACGCGUUCGAGAUCGCGCCGCGCGUGCCCAAGAUCAAGAAGAAUCGGCUCUCUCGCCCACCACCGCCCGACUCGAAGUUUAGGAAACGUCAGCGCUGUAAGACGUGGUUGCCGACGCAUAUGUUUCAUGCGAAGCGCGCCAGGAUGGCGACUUCUAGGGAUCCGGUGUGGAGGUUUGCGCUCCCGAUUACGCCUACCGAGAAGAGUUAUCGGCCGACGCAUCGGGCGAGGGGCACCAGGGGGGCGGUUGCGUGGGAUGCUAGUUAUAUGGCUACUGUGGGGCUGGAGGGAGGGGUCGAGGGGUUGGAGGGGCCGAUUGCGCCGGUGAUGUUGGUGUGGUGUGCGGAAGCGAAGGAUGGGGAUGUCGAGAUGGGGGAUGCGGAUGCUACGGCGGGGAAGAAGGGGAAGAGGAAGGUCUUGGUUCGGGUGCAUCCGUCUGCAUUCCUGCAGGUGUGGAAUGAAUUGCUGGGGGCUGCGAAGAGGCAGAACCCGCCUGUGAUGGUUGAGGAUCUGCGGUUCGAGAUUGGAAGCAUUGAGAUGACUGGGCCAGGGUCGACGGAGGCGUUGAUCUCGGCUUUGAAGCCCGUGACGGCUGCGGAUGGGAGCGCAUUCGCGGCGAACAGUCCCGAAGCGACCUGGAAAUCUCUGCUGGGGGUCUCGAAUGCGUCGUCUCUGCCGCAGAACGCGAUCCUCGCUUUCUCUGUCUCCGACCCUCGUCUCCAGUUCCCGCCUACGACGCUGAAGCCGCCCACCUCGGAGACCCAGAUGCAAGAUUUGGCUAUCUUGCUUUCAGCCUGGGCUCCCGACACCACCCAGACGGCGUCUGCUCUCUUCGACCGCCGCGCACGGCUGGCUGCUGCGCGCCAGCUGCCCAGCCAGAAAGCCAUCAACCGACGCCGCACCGAAGCUGGCCCCGGAAUCCCCCCUCCGGCGAAAGACACGGACCCGCAGAUCCCAGUCAUGGUGCUGGCAUGCCGGUCCAGCAUCAAGGCCACCAACGGCAACAACGCCCCCGGGAGCUGGACGGUUCUCCUCCCGUGGAAGUGUCUCCUCCCCUUCUGGUACUCGCUGAUGUACUACCCACUGUCGAGCGGCGGAAACCCACGAUUCGGCGGCUUGAAGGAGCAGCAGCAACUUGCCUUCGAGGCAGGGGAGCCUUGGUUCCCGGGUGAUUUUCCUGGCACGCGCGCCGGCUGGGAAUGGGGUCUGCGUGAGAGGGAGCAGGCGAAACAGGAAUGGGAGAGGCGUCCCAAGGGCCGCAGGGUCGAGUUCGACAGCAUUGAUUUGCGGAACGGCCAGAAGGGCGAGAUCGGACGAGGCUGGGCGUGUGAUUGGGAGAGACUCAUCCAGGGCCCGGCUGAGAAAAGCGAUGCCAACUCCAAGGCCCAGCAGUCCGAAGACGCCAAACCCAAGGAUGGCAACGGUGACGAUAGCUCUGAUACCCAACAACCACCGCUAAACAUCCACCAACUCCCCUCCCUCCAAGCCGCCCGCGCCCUCAACAACCCCCCGACCACCCCAAUCAACCCUGCAUCCCUCGCAACAGUCAAACUCUCCCUCCACAACCGAGGCACCCCGACUCCCCGUGCCCGCAUCUACCGUCUCCCCACCACCGACCCCGAACUUCGUCAGAAAUGGCUCUCCCUCAAAUCCACCACUCCCACUCCACCCCCUUCCUCCCAGAAACCGCAAACACCGGCAGUUACAGCGGAAGACGCGCGACAACGUCUCGCCGCCUCGCUGAUCACUCCCCCUGCUGAUGCAGAUGCCCGCCAGGAUCACCUUCCUCUGCCGAGCGAGGCUGAUCUUAUUGGUUUUGUCACGACGGGAAAUUAUAACCUUUCGGAAGGCAGGGGGACGGGGAUCGGGUCGAUUCAGGUGUCGAAGGUUGUGGGAAUGGGUAAGGGGAAGGGGAAGACUGCUGCUGCCGGUGGAGGGAAGAAUGUGUGUAUUAUUAGGGGUGCGGGCGAGACGGUGGGCAGAUUGGGGUUCUGGGAACUGGUCUGAUGUCUCUCUCGUCUUGUGUGUGGUUUGCUUUGUGUUUGUAUUUGUAUGUGUGGAUGGAUGGAUGGAUGGAUGGAUGGCUUUAUUUAGACGUUUAGACGAUACCCUGUCUUUUAUUCCUUGUCUUCUUGUUGUUG